AGAGAAUGAAGCUAUUUCUAAAGGCGUUUGCUGUAAAUAAGGCCAUUGUUGGGGACUGACUCAAAGUGCGCAGACGGCAGACCAAAUAUCUGCUGUUAUCAUGUACUCAUCCACUAAGUCCACAUUUAAAGAGCUCCAUGAAUUGUCCUCUCCAUACAAAAGUUUGCAUGACAAUUAUGUUUCCAACAAACAGGGCUCAAGCAGGCUUACGUCUCUUCUGUUGAUAUUGGGGUGUUUGACCAUCCUUGGUGGUUUACUUGCCAUUGCUUUGGUCGAGAAAGUAAGAAACCAGGAAAAGAUAGAUGAAGCCGUGAAUCCGAACCACACCGGCACACAUGAGCCAGUUCAAAAUGCUGAACAAAGUUGUGUUGGAAAGAGUAGGAUUGUCCUUGUUGAGAGUAUUCCUUACUGGAUGGACUAUGGGAGCAAUGCCACUUUUGGAGUACCUUUAUACGAGGCAUGGAAAGACCUCAUCUCUACUGCAACCAAGCAAAUCGAUGUUUCCUCGUUCUAUUGGUCUCUUACUGGGCAGGACAUUAAUGUCAACUCCUCCACUGACGAACCUGGUAAAGACAUCCUGGAGCAAUUCAAAGCACUGCCAAAGAGAAACGUUUCUGUGAGAGUUGUGGCCAGCAUCCCAUCCGUAGCGUCCAACUCAACAGACCUGAGAACUCUGAAAGAAAAUGGCGUGCAUGUAAGAAGAGUUAACUUUGGCCGUCUGACCAGAGGAAUUCUGCACACAAAGUUCUGGAUCGUGGACGGAAGACACAUCUACAUUGGCAGUGCCAACAUGGACUGGAGAGCUUUAACCCAGGUCAAGGAACUUGGAGUGGUGAUUUACAACUGCACCAGUCUGGCCACCGACCUUCAUAAGAUCUUCCAGUCAUACUGGGUGAUGGGUCAGCAGAACGCUACAAUCCCGGACCCCUGGCCCUCCUCUUAUGACACCUCCAUCAAUGCAGAGAAGCCCCUUCAUGUGAACCUCAGCGGGGUGCCCAGCAGAGUUUACAUCUCGGCCUCCCCUCCUGUCUUCUGUCCGGAUUCACGCACCAAAGACCUGGAGGCAAUUCUCUCAGCAAUCGGCCAGGCAAAGCAGUUCGUUCAUGUCGCAGUUAUGGAAUAUUUUCCUGCUUUCAAGUUCUUUUUCCAUCACAGGUACUGGCCAGUUAUUGAAAAUGCCCUAAAGCAGUCAGCCUUUGAGAGAAACGUUGCAGUGCGUCUCCUGGUCAGCUGCGGUCGUGACAGUGACCCCUCCGUACUGCCUUUCCUCAAAUCACUAGAUGCCCUGGACUCCUCAUCUGACAAUAUCAGUAUAGAAGUGAGACUCCAUAUUGUUCCGGUGGCUAACCAGACAGACAUUCCUUAUUCCAGAGUGAAUCACAACAAAUACAUGGUUACAGAUAAAGUGGCAUAUAUAGGGACCUCUAAUUGGUCUGCUGACUACUUCAACACCACCGCUGGAGUGGGCCUGAUGGUUUCCCAAGAUGCCGUGCAUUCUUCAUCGCCUGGAGACACAUUAUUGGGCCAGCUGAAAGCUGUAUUUGACCGAGACUGGGGCUCCAAAUUUGCAGUGCCACUUGAAAAACUGGGUCACAAUCCUGACUGUUCCUUCUCCAAGAGAUACAUGGACAAAUGAACUGCUGCUUUACUUUCAUUAACAAAGAUAUUUACUUAUUAGCCUAUAUAAAAGGUUAAUGGAUCAAUGAAAGUGUAAAAUUGAACGAAAUAUGAUGCACAUUUUAAAUGCAUUCAAUGCCAUUUGUCCAAUUUGUCAAUGCCUCUAAAUUCUGGCACCCCUCUAAAUUCUCACAACCAAAUACAAAACCUAACUUGUCUCUAAUUGAUCUCCACAUUCAUAGUUAAUCAUCUGUAAGCAAGACAAGACAUGAGUCUUCAUGAAUUCCAUGACGCUCUGUUUCAGUGUAAAUAUGAGUUAGAUAAAAUGUUAUUGUUAGGAGACAUGGAAUGGAGUGACAGAGUCCAUCAAAUACCAGGAGAUGAAGAUCUAUCUGCCUCUGCUAAAAGUGGGUCAGAGCCUGAUGUUCCAGCAGGACAGUGAUCCAAAGCAAACCUCCAAAUCCAAAGGAGCAUUCUCAGAGAAGAUGCAAUGUUACCUUAACAACUGGAAGAUGCACAGUAUUUUCAGAAAAAAAUAUUUAUUUUGUAUAUUUUUUCUUUCUUUGAAUUAUUUCACCUCAUUAAAGGAUGUUCCUCUGAUGUUUUAGUGUAAAAUCAAGCUGAUUUUCCUCAUCUUUACCAAGGCUGCCACUUCUAAAGGGCGCUGUAACCUGUGCAUUGUGUGCAUGUGUUAUAUCUUUCAGCUGCUUCUUAGCAAAAUAAAACAAAUAAAUGUAAAUAUUUUGAUUUAUACUAUA